AUGCGGCGGACCCCGAUCGACGCGGUGAUCGUCGGGGCCGAUCGCGUCUGUCGGAACGGGGAUACGGCGAACAAGAUCGGGACCUACCAACUCGCGGUGACGGCGAAGCGGCACGGGGUGCGGUUCUACGUCGCCGCGCCGUCGACGACGUUGGAUCCGUCGACGCCGAACGGCGCGGGCGUCCCAAUCGAGGAGCGCGCGGCGUCGGAGAUCACGACGGAUCCGAUCACCCACACCCGGGUCGUGGCGGAGGGGCCGAGUGUGGAGGUGUGGAAUCCGGUGUUCGAUAUCACGCCGGCGGAGCUGAUCACCGGGGGGAUCAUCACGGAGCGCGGCGUGUUCGAACCCGCGAGCAGCGCGCCGUAUUAUGAUGUUCAGGCCAUCCUUGGCGCGGCAUAA